AUGGUUGGAAUGACAGAUGACACGCUACUCAAGUUGUUGAACUUGCCGCUCAAGAUCAACCUCAACAACGGUGUCUAUAGAGAUAACAUCAGAUUGAUUUCCCGCUUUGUCAACCAAGUUGUGUUGUUCAUUCUCAUGGUGAGAGGCAUUCCUCACAGGACCGGAAAGGUUGACGAGGUAUUGGUGGAUUGCGAGCUGUAUGGACUCUGCCGCUACGUGAUUGAGUCCUUCCCAUGGGUGUUCAUGCUUCCGAAUGAGACUGAAGAGUCAGUGCCAUUGGCAAAUGCCCUUGUUGUGGCGUUGUUCCUGCUCCAGCGUAGCUGUGAUGACGUUCUACAAAGGAUUAGACGGAAGAAAGCUAUUGAAAUAGGCAACGAGGAAAGUCGCUCAACUUGGUUUGACGAUCUGAUUGAACUGGUCAAAUGGCCGUUCUACCGUCCUGAUGAUAGGGAGUUUCCAGUGGAAGUUUGGAGAAAGGGAACCAUCUUGACGUUACGUGAUAACUACAAUUCCGGUAUCUACCUUUCGUUGUAUCCCAGGAUGGACUGCCUAAGAGGCACAUUGAUGACUCAACAUUUGAACCAAGUUAUUGAGCAAUCAUCUACCUUGAGGAAGAAAUUCACGAGAGGAAUUAUCGCCAGGGAAGUAUUCAAGAUCUUGGGUCUAACGAAACCUGGGUUUGCAGUUGAUCAUGGCUCCUUGGUUAUUAGGAGCCCCGGAGUGGAGAAUGGUCAGCUGAAGCCUGAUGUGUGGAAAGUCGGUGUCAAACAACGUGAUAUUAUCCUUAAUGCUACGAAGAGCAAAAGAGGGUCGGUUGGGAAUACAUCUGUUGAUUCACUUGAUUCAUCCAAUAAGUCUAUGGGUCCUUUAAGGUAG